AUGAAUGGUGUAAACAAUGUUAAUAAUAUAAGCAUGCUUGCUCAACAGCAGCAAUUACAAAGUAGAGUUAAAAUUGGUGUGAGGAAUUGGCAAAAUGCUACAGUGCAAGAUUUGAUGAAUUUUCUGAGUCGAACUACAAGAAUUUCUGUUGUAGAUGCAAUGGUGGAAGGACCAUUAGUGGUUGGACAUGUGGCAAGUAGAGCAGAUGCGGAAUCUUUGUUGAAGUGGAAUGGUAUUAGAUUUGCUGGUAACAAUUUGAAAUUUGAAAUCUUGAGUGAUUCGGGCAAUGAUGGUGCAGGGGCAAAUAGUACCAUUACUCUAUUGAAGAAUUUUCUUUACAAAAGGUAUAAUGCACAGACAAAGAUGUUAGAUUUAGGUAAUUUACAUGCUGAUCCUGAUUUAGUGCAAAAGGGACUCUUUUCAUCUAUAUCUACACAGUCGAAGAUGUUUCCUGCGCUAAUGAAAUUAGCAUCAAAAGAGCCACAACUAGUUGUAGAAAGUAUUAACCUAUCCGACAACAAUUUGAAAGAUAUUUCAGGAAUAACGACUUUAGCUCAAACUUUUCCGUAUUUGAAAAAUCUGUGCUUGGCCAAUAAUCAAAUAUCAAGAUUCAGAACCAUUGAAGUUUGGAAAAAUAAGUUUAAGGAAUUGAGAGAAUUGCUGAUGAUAAAUAAUCCAAUCUCGAAUGAUAAGCUAUAUCGUUCAGAAAUGAUGAGACUUUUCCCCAAAUUAGUGAUUUUGGAUAAUGUAAUGAUUAGAGACGAACAAAAAUUGACUUCAAUCUAUUCCAUUCCAAUGAAGAUUCAACCAUUUUUUUUUGAAAAUAAUGAGAUUGGACCAUCAUCAACUGAUUUUGUUACGAACUUUUUAAAUUUUUGGGAUACUGAUAGAAUGCAACUUUUAGGUCUUUAUACACCACAAUCCCAAUUUUCAAUUUCUGUUGAUUCAUCAAUACCACCGUCGUCUGUAACUGAGUCUGACCAAAAUCCAUCAUUUGGUUACUAUUUGUCACACUCCCGUAACAUUAGUAAAGUUUCGAGUGAAAAAUCUAUAGAACAAAGAUUAUCCCUGGGACCUGAAGCUAUGAGUGAAGUGUUCAGAGCAAUACCGAAGACAAAACAUCAUUUACAAGAUAUGCCUGAUGAAUAUUCUAUGGAAACUGUUACUUAUCCUCAAAUUAAUGGUUUCAUAGUUACUUUGCAUGGAUUCUUCGAAGAAACUGGUAAACCUGAUGCGGAUACUAACAAUAAAUCAAGUGCUGGACGUUCAAGGCGAUUCAACCAUGGUCACAAUUCCACUAAUAAUAGACUUUUCAAGAAAUCGUUUGACAGAACUUGGGUAAUCGUCCCCACUGGUACCGGAGUAGUGGUAGCAUCAGAAAUGUUAACCGUAAGGCCAUUCGCGGCAAAUGCAUGGGUUCAGCAGCCUGGACCAGUACCACAACAACCACAACCACAACCACCAUUAGCGCCACAGAUAGAUCCAAUGAACCCCAGCCUCAAUGCAUCACCACCACCACCACAACCUCAAAUUGGAAUGGGUGGACUGCCUGUGCCAAUGGGAGUUCCACCACAACAACCAGGAAUGCCCCCCAUGUCUGCCCCAGCUCCUGCCCCUGUACCUAUGGCACCAACUUUACAGCUUCCACUAGAAGUACAAACUCGUUUGAAUCCAAUUCAAUUGGAGCUUUUGAACAAAUUGCAUAUAGAAACUAAACUAAACGCAGAGUACACUUUUAUGUUGGCGGAACAAAGUGGUUGGAACUACGACGUGGCAAUCAAGGGGUUUCAAAACAGUGUUAAUAACAUACCUAGAGAAGCAUUCAUUCCAUAA